AUGGGUGAAAUAUACAACAAAAGACAUAAAUACAUGAACAAUGGUGUUUUAAUAUAUGAAUGGGAACAAAGUAUAGACGAGAUAAAUAUUUAUAUUAGUAUGAAUUCCAAAAUUGUUAAUAAGAAUGAUUUAAACAUUGAAAUAAAAAGUAAAAGAAUAAGCAUAGGAUUAAAAAAUACGGAAAGCUUUUUGGAAGGAGAAUUAUUUAGUAUUAUUGAUGAAGAUUGCUCUUACUGGUUUAUUGAAGAUAAUAAUUUACAUAUUUUAUUAACCAAAGUAAAAAAAGGAGAAAGCUGGAAUAGUGUUUUUAAAGGACAUAAAAAUUUAAAUCCUGUUGAUGAAGAUAAUACAAAAAAACAAAUUCUAUUAGAAAGAUUCCAACAAGAAUAUCCAAAUUUCGAUUUUUCCUCUGCAGCAUUUAAUGGUCAAGUUCCUGAUGCAAGAACAUUUAUGGGAGGACUUAAAUAUUAA